AUGUCGGCCGAUUUGGUCAAUCUAUUACUACAGUUCCAGCCUAACGCCCCGGAAGUCAAGCAGAGGCGCGACUAUGAUCAGGCUGCUCGCAACUUUGUGUCACAGCUCUCCAACAUCUCGUCAUCACAUUGGCAGAAGGGCGCGGACACACCACAGGAUGUCCUCACAGUACUCAACCCUUCGGUCAACUCAAUAGCGUACGCCUUUGCCCUCCGCCAGCGCAUCUCUGCCACCAUCGACAAGAAGAACAUUCCUGACUCACUAAAGCCUGGGGGUGCAUUGUGGAAUAAGCUAGUGCUAUGGCUGGAGACAUUCGACCCUGUGCAGAUGCGAUAUGCAGGACUAGAGUGGAGGAAGUUGGUGGAGGUCACGGAGCAGAUUGCGCGCGCGAUGGGAUCACCUGGCCUCGCCAUUGCGCCCAUACGGUCAGCAAUGAUCCGCCUCGACCCCACGACGGGCACCUUCACAUCGACCCACAUUGCCUUCAUACAGCUUUGUAUGGAGACCCGAGCGUAUGCCGCCGCCGAACCCAUCCUUGACAAUUACAUCCACAGCAUACCUACGAAGAUUCCUGCGUCAGUCCGCGAGGGUCUCGAGUACUCAGUACCUUGCGCGGAUGUCGCGACUAGUGGAGAGUACAUACAUCAGGGCUCUGGUCACUCGGACAAGGUCACGCUGGCGGAUCUACAAGAGUACUACCUACUGGGAGCUAUGGCCUACCUUGGAGUACGGCAGUAUAAAAAGGCGAGACAAAUGCUGGAACACGUGCUUGUUGCGCCGUCAGCCAACGCAGCGAACGGCUUCAUGCUGGAGGCGUACAAAAAAUGGGUUCUGGUCAGCUGUCUGGUGAAUGUUACGUACAGGACGGCGUCACGCCACGAACUGCAAAUGCAAAUGCGAUCAAGCAGGUCAAGUCCGCAUCCAAGGCAUAUGACGCCCUAGCAGAGGCGUACCAACACUUUAACAAUUUCCCAAAACUCAAGGCUCAAAUCAAGGCUGGGUCUGAGAUCUGGGCAGAGGAUGGCAACACAGGUCUCGUGAACGAGGUUCUGGAAAGCCAGAUGAGGUCCUAUGUGUCACGGUUGUCGCGGACGUACUCGGCUAUGCCGGUUUCGAACAUUUCCAGCACCUUGGGUGGCACGUCGGAGGAGGUGGCACAGUAUCUCGAGACUUUGAUCAAGGGCGGCUACCUCAACGCACGUCUCGAACAGAGCGACAAGUCGGGGGCCGGCACCGUGUUGCGCUUCUUCCUCGACCCUGCGCAAGGGCCGCUGGCGAAGACGGAAAAGCAGCAGCAGCAAGCGCUGUUCGAGCAGACCUUACGAACAAACCUGCUGGCUGAACAGGUCAAGGAUGCCGAUUAUCGUUUGACUCUGACUAAGGAGUAUACGGAUAACCUCAAGCGACUAAACAAGAAGCAGGGCGCUGGCGGCGACAGUAUGGACACGGCGUGGGACGAUGGGCUAGAUCCCGAGGAGGACAUCAUGAUCGAUAUGCACUGAUCACGCGCCAUGGAGACGAUAAUCGAAACAGCAGAUGUGGUGGAGACAAGCCACACGACAUGGGCGGCUCUUUCAAUGCAUCUCAGCGAACGGGGACAGUUCGCACGGGAGGCUGAACGAUCAUGGCGCGAUAACGUUGAUGCAUGAAACGUGGCGCGUGGAGAGCAGAUGGCAGAGGUGAGCAUGGUUUGACCUGGAAGAGAAGCGACGUCGGACGAUGCACAGGGAACAUGGAAACGACGAUCAAAGUCUAAGCCACGCCAUGGCGAUGGGCAACCGAGACGAGCAUGAUGAUAAACAAUAAACAGUAGUUUGUAUAA